ACACAUCCUUCAGUGAGCACAUCUCACUCGACACUCGCGAAGAUGCCGUCCACUCACAACGUGGAUAAGCCGUGGGACACGGACGACAUCGACAAAUGGAAAGAGGAGCCCUUCACCGCCGACCAGAACUUGGGCGGCACUUUCAGCGAGGAAUCGACCUUUUCCACGCUGUUCCCCAAAUACCGCGAAUUGUACCUGAAGACGCACUGGCCGCGCAUCACCAAGGCGCUGGAGAAGACGGGAAUCGCCUGUUCGCUCGACUUGAUCGAGGGCAGCAUGACGGUCAAGACGACGCGGAAGACGUUUGAUCCCGCCGCCAUUCUUAACGCCCGCGACCUGAUCAAGCUGCUUGCGCGCAGUGUGCCGCUGGACGAGGCGAUGAAGAUCCUGGAGGACGGCGUUGCGUGCGAUGUCAUCAAGAUACGCGGAAUGGUCAGGAACAAGGAGAGAUUCGUCAAACGACGACAACGCAUUCUGGGUCCGAAUGGCAGCACGUUGAAGGCGCUUUCGCUGCUCACUCAGACGUACAUUCUGGUGCAGGGUAACACAGUAUCGAUCAUGGGGGGAUACAAGAACUUGAAAGAGGUGCGACGAGUGGUGGAAGAUUGCAUGCAGAAUAUACACCCCAUCUACCACAUCAAAGAGCUGAUGAUCAAGCGGGAGCUGGCAAAGGACCCCGAGCUCAAGAACGAAAAUUGGGAACGCUUUUUACCGCACUUCAAGAAGCGCAACUUGAGCAAGCGCAGGGUGCCGUUCAAGGUCAACGACAAGGCAAAGAGAGUCUACACGCCCUUCCCGCCGCCGCAGGAGAAGAGCAAGGUGGAUCUACAGAUUGAGAGCGGAGAGUACUUCUUGAAUAAGGCAGCGAAAGAUCGGGCGAAGAAGGAGAGGCGGGAAGAUGUGAUGAAGGACAAGAUGGAGGAGCGCAAGAGGAAGCGCGAGGAAGCAUUCGACGCACCCAAAGAGGACGCCGAAGUCAAGAAGAAGAAAAAGAAGAAGUCGAAGGAUGACGACGGGGAAAAGAAGAGCAAAAAGCGGAAGGCUACCGAAGAUGUUGACAUGGAAGGUUGAAGAGCUUUGAAAAUCUUGUAGUAUACCACCACCUGCUGUUAGCGACGGAGUCUGGCGCGAUUCAUUACUCGACGGCAUGGAUGGACCCGCACCAUGAUAUUGAUAGCAUCUGGCUCGAAGGUCUGUGAUCUCUCUCUUUCUCUCUCUCUCUCACACACACGAAAUCUCUCUCUCUCUCUUUCAUUACAGAACUCUCUUUCUCUUGACAGAACCUUCGCCUCAUCCUCUAUCAAGCUCCCGCCGAUCGCCGAUACCAAGCUUGCCUUAUAAACCAGGAUAGCAUAACCUUCUCCAGGAUUCACCAUCUUGACAUAUGCAGGAGGAAGCGUAAAUUGAAAGGAUGGCUUAUGAUUGGUCAACAUGGCCGUACCCAUUGAGUGUAGCAACAUA